AUGGCCGCGGUGGUGGUGUACGACCCCGCGGCGGCGCCGACCACCACGCCGCCGGUCUCCUCCAAGAAGACGCCCGCGCCUGCCGCUGUGCCUACUACCACUGCACCCACUGCCGCGCCGAUCACCCCUGCCACCCCGGCCCUUCCCACGGCGCCCACCACCUUGCCUCCGGCCAUCGCGCCAUCCACCAAGUCCACCAAGGCACCCGUCCUAGCGCCCAAGGCCAAGGCCACCCCGCCGCCACCUCCUCUCUCCCGGUCGAGGCUCCCGUCGCCUGCGUCGUUGUCCACCAUCUUGAGGAUCCCUGCUGCGGCGCAUGCCGAGCCACCGCAUCUGGAGCUCAGACAGCCCGCCUCACUCGCCUGCUCCGCCCUCCACUCGCCUCCGGAGGCGUCGGCGAGGCUUCACCCGCACCACCAGCACCUCCACGCCACCCACUCCCUCCUAGCCUUCUCCACCUCCGCCAACUGA